UACGUCGUCUUGCGGUGAUUCCGCUGAAGGCAGCAGCCAUAUUGUUCGCUGGAUGUGAAAUCUUUUCCAAUCCUACCCCAGGAAUAAUUAAUCGGGACGUUUGUGAACGUGACGAUGAAUCUCCGAUGUUUCCUCUAACGGUCCGAGUGGUUAUUUUCGAAGUGUGUACCGGAUCACGACCCGUGUGAGGCCAUCGCUCGAUGAGGACCCCAAUUGAAAGUUGCAAUCUCGCCUUGCAAUGAGCCUGCCUCAGAAAAAUAAAUACUCUGGGGUCUCGCCAAACUUAGCGCAGCAGUCAAGAGGACCGCACACGUAUCCUUUUAGGAUUUGCCCCUGGAUGAGCUACCCUGUCUCCGAGGAUCGACCCAAAGGAACUGAAGACUACAGACUACAGGCCUUUCUUCAGCGCAGUCCUGGCAGCGGCCUGAGCGGCGGCGGGGCCCAUGACAUGAGCAAGCCGCUGGGGUCCCAGCCCCCCCCUCCCGGCACGACCCUGUACGUGCAGCAGCCCCAAGGGGGAGCGCCUCCCCCGGGACAGCAGGGGCCCCCUCCCCAGCAGUGUGCACCUCCCCAGGGACAGCAGGGGCCCCCACAGGGCCCCCCACAGCACCUGGCCGGCACCCUGCAGCAGGGCAUGGCAUUCUACUCGAGGCAGGCCCAGCAAGUUCAGCAGGGGCCCCCACAGCAGCCAAAUCCACAGGCAGCACCCCAACAGGUGCAGGGUCAGUGUCCCCCCCAGCAGGUGGGGGGCAACCAGGGCCGGGGGGGAGGCGGCCUGGGCCGUCCCCCUCCCAUGGGGCUGAGUGCAGCCCCCGGGGGAGGGGGUCCCCCCCCUCCGGGCUCGGUGGGGCAGGCCCCCGCCAACUACCAGCCCUCUAUCAUCAACUUUGCCCCGAGCCAGGCCGCCUACCCGACGCAGCACAUCACGCCCAUGGGCAUCCUCAACUGUAUGAACAUCCAGGCAUUCCCGACCCAGCGGACGUCCCAGUUUAAUACUACGACGGCCCAGUACGUCUACCCCCACCACCAGUACAUCCCUCAACAGCACAUGCCACAACCGCACCAAGCUGUGUACUACGCGUCGCCGGCCAUCGGUCCCAUGCCAAUGGUGGCUCCUCCCCAGGCCCAGGCCCCCAGGGGCCAGCUCACGUCCCCCCAGGGGUCCCAACCCCUGCAGCCUAGGCAGAAGCGCGUCCUGGCCAUCUGCGACCCCAACACGGGGCGCAGCAUCUUCGACGACGCUGAGACGCCCCCCGCAGAGUCCAGCCCUGCUGCGACACCGGAGCAGCAGCCGUCCUCGAGCAGCACGAGUGACAUCCCGGGCACGUUUGCCGCCCAAGUGGCAGCGACACUCGUCGAUGCUCCGGCGCCUUCCAAAUCCCCGGCGGCACCGGCGCCGCCUCCGCCGGCCGCCGCGGUGCUAGAACCGCCCCAGACUAAGUCCAACGAAAGGGUGGCCGAAUGGGUGGCUGCCGCGGCCGCCGCGACGACGACUGCCCCCUCGCCCGCAGAGCGGCAGGGAUCGCCACCCGCUGAGGAGGAGAGGGUGGCGGCGCCGACGGCGCCGGAGGAGACGGCGGCAGUCCCAGCCGCGGAGGAGAAGGAAGAAGAGGUGGAAGUGGCACCGGUGGCAGUGGAAGUGGGGGAAGUGAGGAACGGUGAAGGCAGGACGCCCGUGGUAGUGGAGGAGAGUGCCCGGAGGGCCGGAGACUGGGAGCCCGAAAGGACGGCGACGGCUGCGGCACUGGAGGCGUCGCGGGAAGCUGCCGAUGGGAGGGAGUCCAAGAAGUCAAUCAAAAAGAAGAAGAUGAAGGAGUGGAACAAGAAGGGGGAGAACAAGGAGGGGGGUGACAUGGAUGCCUUUGUCGACCGGGAAGAGCCGGCGGCACCAGCCAGCACCGCUUCGGCGGCCAGCACGCCUACCGAACCGACGGAAGCGGUGCCCUCGGCUCCUCUGAGGACGCCCAGUCCCACUCCCCCGGCGGCCCCACAGCGGGCCAGCCCGUCCCCGCAGCCGGCACCCGAGGCAGCCCCAGCCCCAGCCCCGACCCCGGUCCCCGUGGUCCCCCCGGUCGUCGUCACACCUGAGCAGGCAGACCCCGCCGCUGGCGAAGAUGAGGUGCACCGCAAGCUGGUGAUCAUCCAGAACGAGGAGAACCUCAGGGUGUCCCAAGAGAUGGCCGCCACGGAGAUUGUGGAGAAGGCCGAGGAACCCGUGCUCGUCUCCCCCUCUCCCCGGAAAGAGGAGGAGGGGGAGGAGGAAGAGGGUGUGGAGGAGGAGGAGGAAGAAGAGGAGGAGGAGGAGGAGGAGGAGUCUGGGGAUGGGGGCACCCCUGCCCAGAGGCUCAAGUACAACUACAAGGAGGACCAGUGGAGUCCGCUGAACCCGGAAGGGCGCAAGCAGUAUGACCGCUCCUUCCUCAUCAUGCUCCAGGGGGAGCCCAUGUCGCUCAAGAAGCCCUUCGGACUGCCCAACCUGGACGUCAUCAAGGACACGGCGAUGCAGCACAAGCUCCCCGAGGUGCAGCGCCCGCAGUAUCCCCCAGGCGGUCCUCCCCAGAUGGGGGGUGGCGGGCCUAUGGGCGGGCGCGGCGCCCACCCCGAGCACCUCUUCAUGCCGCCCUAUGCCCGGAACGGCGUGGCCCGGCCACCCCCCGGCGGGGGUGGAGGGGUGGGCCGCCGGCAGAGCCAGCCCGGCCGGGGAGGGGACAAGCCGAAGAAGGUGAUCACCCUGUCGAGCUCCCUGAACCAGGACGUGAAGCUGCACGCGGCCCAGAACGCCUGGAAGCCCACUCACAAGACGCCCGGGGAGGCGGCCGCAGAGGUCGCCGAGGCUGAGGAGUUGUACCGGCGUGUGCGAGGCAUCCUGAACAAGCUGACCCCGCAGAAGUUCCAGUCACUGGUGGAGCAGGUGAAGAACCUGCAGAUCAACUCUGAGGAGCGACUAAACCGGGUCAUCGACCUCGUCUUCGAGAAGGCGCUGGACGAGCCGAACUUCAGUGUACCCUACGCGAACAUGUGCAAGCAGCUGGCCAUGUUUGAGGUGCCCAUGAGCAGCAACGAAUCGGAGAAGGUGAACUUCCGCAAGUUGCUGCUGCUCAAGUGCCAGAAGGAGUUUGAGAAGGACAAGGGCGAAGACAUCCGCAAGGCAGAGCAGCGCAAGAAGAUCGAGGAGGCCACCACCGAGGAGGAGAAGACUAAGCUCAGGGAGGAAAUGGCAGAAGAAGAGAAGAGGUCCAAGAGACGGUCUCUAGGAAAUAUUAGGUUCAUUGGGGAGCUGUACAACUUGAACAUGCUGACGGCACCCAUCAUGUACGACUGCCUGAGGCGACUGCUCAACUCCAACGACGAGGACUCGCUAGAGUGCCUCUGCAAGCUGCUCAUCACGAUCGGCAAGGAGCUGGACGCCACUUCCACCACCAAGGGAUCGCAGCCCGGAGGUAAGGGUGGUCCCCCCCGCUCCCAGCUGGACGACUACUUCCGCACUAUGGACAGCAUCGUGAAGAAGCGAGAGGUGUCCCUCAGGGUGGUCUUCAUGCUGCAGGACGUCAUCGACCUGCGCAUGAGGAAGUGGAUUCCCCGCCGUGACGAGAACAUUCCCAAGACGAUCGACCAAAUCCACGAGGAGGCCCAGCGCGAGCAGGUGCAGGAGAAGCUGAUGCGGGACGUGCCCCUGCCCAAGCGGGACGACCGCCAGGACCGCAGGGGAGGGGGCAAGAACCGGGGGGGAGGGGGCUAUGACGACGGCUGGAACACGGUGCCCAGCAAGAAGCAGCACCCGGACUACAACAAGUCCAUGGACUUCAACAAGGUGAAGCAGAUCAGCACGAAGAUGACGGAGCAGGACUCCAUCCAGCUGGGACCCAGUGCGCGCAUGUCCUCGUGGGCCAAGGGCAGCAGCGGAGGAGGCAAGAUGGCCAGCCAGGAACCCGAGGGACGCUCUUCGGGAGCCACCAACAGGUUCUCUGCUCUGGCAGACGUUGGCUCCUACGACUCUCGGAGAGGAGCCCAGAGGUCUACGGCGUCCAGCCGCGAGUCUAGCCGCGGGCGCGGCGGCUCCCAGCAGCAGCAGCAGCAGCAGGGCGGCUCCCAGUCGUCGCUGGGCAUCCGCAAGACGCCCUCGCAGUCGCGGGAGAGGGACGCGGCCCUGGCGGCCGUCAAGAACCUGGCGGCAGCCAAUGCCGGCCCCUCCCCCGGACCCCCGUCCUCCUCGGCCCAGCAGCACGCGCCGGCCCCUUCGCCCCCGGAGGCGGCCUCGCAGGAAGCGGCCGCUCCUCUGGCUGCCCCUGCCGGUCAGGGGGAGGCCAGGCCCAGGGAACCUGACCUGGUGCUCCGUGGCUCGCCGACAAUGGACGAGGACACACUAAGGACGAGAACGGAAGCGCUCGUGGACCAGUUCCUGUGCAAUAGCGACUUCCAGGAUGCGGUGCAGAACGUGGUGGAGCUGGCCUCCCCCUCCAAUGUGGACGUGGUGGUGUCCACAUCCAUCAACCACAUCCUGGACCGGUCGCCAGAAGCCCGGUCCCUGGUGGGGCAGCUGCUCAAGGAGCUGCUCAAGAAAAAGUUGCUCUCCCUGGACCUGUUCACCAAGGGGCUGCACAGUGUGCUGGAGUAUGGGGAGGACAUGGAGCUGGACAUCCCCAAGGUGUGGGAGUAUGCGGCGGAGCUGAUGGCCCCACUCUUCCAAGACCACUGGCUGACACUGCAGUACCUCCGGGACGCUGCCCAGCCACUCAGGGCCCAGGGCAGGGCCGGCCGCCUGGCCGCCUGCGUGCUCGUCCUCCUCGCCAAAACCCUGGGUGAGGCUGCAGUGGCUCAACUGUGGAGGACAGCCGGUCUCCAGUGGAAGGACUUCCUCAAGCCCGGAGAGGAUGUGGAAGCCUUUGCCGCAGCCAAUGGCGUGUCGUUCACCCUCGGCGGGGGCGGCAGCGGGCCGGUCACGGCGGUGGCCCCCGGAACGGCUUCUCCGGCACCCGGCGGAGCGUCUGCGGGCGGCCCGGCCGAGUCGGUGUCCUCGCUCACGGCAGCCGAGGUACAGGCUCAGCUGAAGUACCUGGUGGUCUCCAAGGGGGCCCCCUCGGCCGCCAUCAUCGAGUGGAUCGAGAGCAACCUGGGAGAGGCUUACGCGAGGCAGCCACACUUCAUCCGUGCCCUGAUCACGGUGAUAGCGGAGAACGCCAUCACGACGCUGGCGGACGGCAAUGCGGAGCUGAAGGACGAGUUGGUGAAGGGCUACAUGGACCUGCUGCAGAAGUACCUGGACCACCGGGAGGAGCUGGAGCUGCAGGCACUGUAUGCCCUGCAGGCCCUGGUCAACCGGCUACAGCACCCCAAGGGUAUCCUGGUGCACCUGUUCAAUGCCUUCUACGACUGCGACCUGAUCUCGGAGGACGCCUUCCAGCAGUGGGCGGAGAGCCCCGACCCGGCCGAGCAGGAGGGCAAGGGGGUGGCCCUCAAGUCCACCACCUCCUUCUUCGCCUGGCUCGGGGAGAUGGAGGGCGACUCCGGGGAAGACAACUGAGGGCCCCUCUUCCUUCCCUGGCCAGCCCUGCUCUCUCUCUCCCUCUUCCCCCUGGCCCCCCCUCCUCUUUGUGGCGACACGGGGAGGGAAAGGGGGCCGCGAAGAAGCGGCGUUGUGCCGGUGACUCACUUGACGUAGGACUGGUGGUGCGCGCGACGGAGCAUCGUUCUCUGGCCGGCCAACCGACACUGUACGGACUCACUUGCAACUUGACUUUACCGACCGACCGGGCAACUCGUGACUGAACUCUACGCAGCAAUCUUGCAAUUUCCCCUGCCUCCGUUUUUUGGGUAUCCCCCCCCCCCCCCCCCCCCCUUUUUUUUUUCUUGUGUCCCCACUUAGCAACGCUCUCUGCUGGGGAGGGAGGUGCAAAGGUUGACCCUGCUCCCUUUCCCUCACCAUCGUUUGCGAGGGGAGACGGUGCGUCUGGCAACCCUUCCGACCUUGGGGAACGUUUGUUACUCCCUCGUUUGGUUGGUGGAAACAUUUUGUUUGUUGCCCUGGCAGUGCCACAGUUGCCUCCUUUCUUCGUGGUCUUUUCUUUUUGUGCACGCGAGCGGAGUGGUGAAUGCGCCACCUGGCAUGCGCCGAGACUCGCGUAUAUAUAUAUAUUAUAUAUAUAUAUAUAUAUAAAGUAUAUAUAUAUAUAUAUAUAGGAAUAUAAUAUUUUAAGGCAGGAUACCAAUGGCACAUGUUUUGGAGCCCAGAUGCGAGUGUCCAGUUGGAGAAACAAAUGUGUGGGAAACCUUUUUCUCCAAAACGACUGGCCUGCCUGCCUUUUUUUUUUUUUUUUUUUUACUUCAUCCUUUCUACAUUUUUGUGCAGAUAAAAAAAGGUUUUCUAGAGUGCUAUAUGUGAAGUAUAUGCUAAAAGAAAAGUGUCUUCCUCCUUUUUUUUGGUCCUCUAAAAAGCCAGAAGGGCAGCAUCUUUUUUUCCCCGCAAAUUCUAAUUUAGUUAUUGUAAAGGAGGUUAUGCAGGGGUGGUGGUGGUGGAUGGUUCUUCCUCUUAAAGAGAAACAACAAAAACUUCCUUUCUCCAGCUUUUUUUUUUUUUUCUCCAGCUUUUUUUCCUCCUGUUUAUUUUUCCCCUUUAUUUUAUCUAGGAAAACAAAAAUUAAAAAAAAAUAAGUUGUGCACCGCAAGAAGGUGCCCGCUGGCGCCGUCAUUUUCUUGUGGACAAUUGUAAAGGGAGUGCUAUGCUAGCUUUUUGGUAUGGUGACCUCUAAAGACUUUGGAAAGAUGAAGGGGAUCAAGAGAAAGAAGACAAAACAAUGUUUUAGUUCCCUUUCUUUUUUUUUUUUUUUGCGUGUAUUUAAGGAGGAGGAGAAAUUUACCCUGCGGGGAAGUUUGUUACGGGUGGGGUGGCCAUGACGGCCCCUCCCCGCAUGCUGGGACACGCGGCGGGGCUAGGACGCAGCGAGAGCUACGACCCUUUUGAAACAACCAGGGCCCACGGUGGGCCCGACAGCCGGAAGGAGUUGGGGGGGGCGCGCAGCCAAGGACCUGUGCCCCUCCCAGGAAUGUACAUAGAGCGUGGGGAACCUUGAACAAGUGUUCCGUACCUAUGAUUUCCAGCAGCGAGGAGGAUAAAAAAUAAACUUUGACUUACAGACUUUA